AUGCAAGGUGGUAACAACCGCCACAGGAUAAAUUUAUCCUUUGUUGUACAGAAGGAGAAGGAGCAGUUGAGAGAAGCAUUUGUAGAGCCAAGUAGUGAACAAGGAUACACACUGGAAAUAACAAUUGCAGAUACAGGAAUUAAGCUUAAAAAGACAAUUUCAUAUCUGACUAAUCCAUAUGCAGAUAACUUAAUACAAUGGUGUGAUAGUUUUAAAUUUGCUUGCAAACAAGCAUCAUGGUCAGACCAUGCAGCUGUUCAAGUGCUAAAAAACAUUGUAUCAACUGAUAUUUACGAAGAUAUCAGGAUACUAAAGUCAUUGAAAUCAUGUUUGACCAAGAUAUUACAUAAGAAGUACCCAAGUGAAGCAAAACCAGUUUAUUUAAGUAGAGUUAAAAAGAUUAAUCAAUCUCAAUAUUAUCUUUUAGAAUCAUACUUCAGGUACCAGGAAAAAGCUCUAAGAAAAUACUUUAUUUGCAGUAAUGAAUGCCUUACAAUUCAAAAUGCAAAGUGUGAAGAAAUGUUUUUCGAAAACCCAUGUCCAUCUACUAAGAUUUAUUUUUUAGAGAAUGGAAUUAAAACACGUACCCAGGCUUUUGAAAAGACCAGAUCAAUUGAGAAUCUACUUAUUCAGUUAGCCGAAGAAGAUAGGUUAAAAGAACCAACAGUUCAGAAAUCCAGUACAUUUAAUACUAUCGUUACUAAAGUAACAAAACCUGAAAGUAAGCAAGGAGUAUGGUGUACAAGACAUCGAAACUCAACCCAUAACACUGCUGAUUGUUACGGAUUAAAGAAGGAAAUAGCAGAUAAGGAGUUGAAGAAAAAGAGUAAGAGUAAUUAG